CUAAAGAACCAUUUCAAAAGACAAGACUAAAGAACCAUGUCAAAAGACAAGACUAAUGGACCAUUUUGGACCUUGUGUUUUGCAAAAAUUACCAAUUGAACCAUCUGUUUUGUUAAAUGACAAAAUGGACCAUCUGUUUUGUUAAAUGGUAAAAAUAGAACCAUGAGCUUAAUUUUCAACAAUUUUAUUUUUUAAUAUAAUCAACUUUUAUUAUAUAAGCUGAUUUCAUUUUAAGGUUAUGCUGUUUCUAUUUUGAGGUUAUAGUAUAUCCAUUUUAUAAAAAUUAUUUCUAUUUCGAUAUUAUGUUGUUUUCAUUUUGAGAUUAUGCUGUUUCUAUUUAUAUAAAUACAUAAAAAAUAAGAAAUUAUUCUAUAUACUGUUUUUUUUAAUUUUUUUUUCAGCGCUAGUUGCAAUAGGGAUUUUUAUACGAUUUUUUUGUUGCAAUUUAAGUUAGAGUGCUAGUUGCAAUAGUAUAUAAAUUAACUACAAAAGAAUCAAUUAAGUCAAAUUAGUUGCUAAAAUAAGGGAAUAUCUAAAAACAUAUUUUUCUAAAUAACUGCAAUAAAGUUUGAUUGGAGAAUGAUAGUGAGUGGUGAUGUAAAUGGGCGGGAGAGAGGUCGGUUUCCAAAUUCAUAUAAAUUAUAAUUAAAAAGAGCAUUUGAAAAUCACACACUUUUACUUCAUUCCUCUUUUAUUUAAUCCAUUGAAUACUCCCAAUCUUCUCUGCAAAUAAUCUAAGAAAUGGUGAGGCUAUGUGAUUUGCCAAAGGAAAUCAUUGAGAAAAUCAUGUUGGGGGCACCUGCAGAUUCUGUGUUUCAGUUUAAAUUUGCUAACAAGUUUUGGUAUUCCCUUAUCUCGGAUUUCAUCAAUAACCCCGAAUUUGUUUCCAAGCACCUUCUCAUUGCCAAAAACCAUUCCUCUACAUCCUUACUUUUCAAUUCGCGUUCCCCCCAUGCCGAUCAACGCUUGAUCACAUUCCCAUUGUUGAGUAUAAACCAUGAUGAUGGUAAGAACAAUCGUUUUAUAACAUCCACAGAAGCUGUAAGUGUACCACUUAUAAUUAGCAAACCACCAAUUAGAAACUAUGAUAAUUAUGAUUUUUAUGAUUCUGAUUUUGGUUAUGAUGAUCAUUUAAUAACAUCAUCGCUUAUUAGCAAACCAUUUUCGGCUAUAAGCUAUGAUGAUUAUGAUGACUAUUAUGAUUAUGAUGAUCAUUUUAUGACAUCCCCAGAAGCUUUUAGUGUACCACCUAGAACCUAUGAUGAUGAUGAUGAUGAUUAUUCUGAUUUUGAUGAGGAUUUUAUAUCCCGAGAAGCAAGGUACAAGGAUAUGAGUCAAUGGAGUGAGGUUUGUAGCUGUGAUGGGCUCAUUUUGCUAGUGAAUAAGCUUGGGACAAUGAUGUUAUGUAAUCCUGCUUUGAAAGAACACACGAUUCUCCCAAAACCGAAGAAUGCCAAGAUUAAAUCACCUUCUCCCGGUAUAGGAUUUGGACUCGAUCCUGUAACCAACGAGUACAAAUGUGUUGCCAUUUGGUGCCAUUAUGAAGGAUUAAAAGUUGAGGUAUACACAUUGGGUUCUGAUUCUUGGAGAGAGAUUAACAUGCCUGAAGACAAAAUGGAUGACAUAAUAGAUGAUAUGAUGUUUGAUGAAGAAUUAUAUAAUGGUUUAUGUUGCAGAGGUGUUUAUUACUGGCUGGUAAAGAAUCCAUCCUCCUGUCAGGAUGAUAAUAUGAUCUUCAGUUUCAAUUUGAGUAAUGAGGAACUCCAACUCUUACAUGUGCCAGAUCUUGAAACUUUGGGCAUUGACCGUCGUUAUUGGCUCCACCUCUCUGUCUGGAAUGAUUCAGUAAUGAUGUGUUUGACAACUCGAAGCUUAAUCAUUCAUAUCUUCAGGAUGGAUGAAGUUGAAGACGGUUCUUGGACCAAAUAUGCCGUCAAGGUUGGACCAAUGCACAAUCAUCAAAAUGUGUUACCUUAUUGGAAGAAUGAUGAGAUUCUAAUGAGUAUCUGGAAGAGAGAUGAUAUGCCUAAUGUGAAAUUGGUGUAUUACAACAUUUUUACCCAAGAGAUGAGAGAUGUUUGUGAUAUGGAUAGGAGCAUAUUAGAUAGUCCAGUUUGUUCUUAUGUAAAAAGUCUUGUUUCUAUUAGGAGGUGAAGCUUGUUCGGUUAUGGUCCUGUUAGGUGUUACUACCUUAUGAUUGUUCUUAAACAUAUGUGUAUGUUGUUUUGGAAAGUGAUCUCAAUGUAAUGUUUUGUGUUUGUGGAAUGAUUCAGUUUCUUUUUUUUUUUUUGACCAUUUACUCUGUUUCAUAUGAUAAAGUUGAGAAAAAGGAUAUUCUCUUUCAUGGUUAA